ACAAACCAACAGAUCAAACUUUGUAUUUGAAAGAAGAAAGAAUCCAGGGUCCUGAAACCUUACAGAUUAUACAAAAGAGUCAGUUCAGGGGCAAAGUGUACAGAACAGAGAUGCUACCAAUGUAUGUGGGCCAAUUUCACUGGUUCUACAAUUUUUCUUCAGGUCUAUUUUGGGCACAGAACAAGAUACAAGGUGACACAGGCAGGAGAGGAGACAUUCUUGAGGCAGUGGGAAGCAUCAAGUCUGAGCAGUAAACGGAGUUCCCCUCAAGCAGAGAUAGCUGUGUCCAGAGAGAAUAGGAACAGAGUGGUUGUGAGAACAGGCUCCUCAGUCUUCAGCCCUGGCUGACACUGUUGAAUCAAUCAUCCAGGGUCAAGCAAGGAGCCAGUGGAGAUGGGGGUUCCAUGAACACAUUUCACAGCAACAGAGAACGGCCAGGAUGUGCUGCCCACUGCAGGACAGAGCAGGCACGUUUCCGAGGAGGACGUAGAAAAGCAGCAGUGGGAGACGAAGGAGACAGCUCAGACAUGGAUAGAGACAACCAGACUACGGUCACAGAAUUCCUUCUCCUGGGACUCUCUGGGCAGUCAAAGCAGGAAGAGAUUCUCUUUGGGCUGUUCUUGUGGAUGUACCUGGUCACCAUCAUUGGGAACAUUCUCAUCAUCCUGGCCAUCAGCUGUGACAGUCAUCUCCAUACCCCCAUGUACUUCUUCUUGGCUAACCUCUCCUGCAUCGACAUCUGCUUUUCAUCAGUCACAACCCCCAAGAUGCUGCUGAAUCACAUACUGGGAAGCAAGUCUAUCUCUUAUGUGGAAUGCAUGACCCAGAUCUACUUCUUCAUCACUUUCAUCAACAUGGAUGGGUUCCUUCUGAGUGUGAUGGCCUAUGACCGUUAUGUAGCCAUCUGUUGCCCACUCCACUACAGCAUGAUCAUGAAGCCCAAACUCUGUAUCCUUCUGGUGGUGGUCUCUUGGGUCAUUACAAACCUGCAUGCUCUCCUACACACUCUUCUCAUGGUCCGACUCACCUUUUGUUUCAACAAUACUGUGCAUCACUUUUUCUGUGACCCCUAUGCAGUUCUAAAGCUGUCUUGUUCUGAUACCUUUAUCAAUGAGUUGAUGGUAUCCAUUGCAGGUGGGCUUAUGUCAAUUACACCAUUCACAUGUAUCACUGUUUCAUAUGCCUAUAUCUUCUCUAACGUGUUAAAGUUUCCAUCUCUUCAGGGAAUAAGGAAAGCCCUAUCCACAUGUGGAUCCCACCUCACUGUGGUGUCCCUCUUCUAUGGGGCAAUCCUGGGGGUCUAUAUGCGCCCUUCAUCCUCCUACUCAGUCCAAGACACAGUGGCCACUGUCAUCUUCACAGUGGUGACUCCCCUGGUCAAUCCCUUCAUCUAUAGUCUGAGAAAUCAUGACAUGAAGGGAGCCUUAAGGAAGCUAAUUAUUAGGAGACCAGUUUUGUCAAGACUCUAGAAUUAGAAAAUUUUAGAGCCAAAAAGCCUACUGGAAAUUAUACAUUUCUUAAUUUUGCAAAGGCUACUGAGGCCCAGAUGGGUGCAAAAUCCACCCAUAACUAUUUCUCUAAUUAGUGACCACAAUCAUGCUUUAAAAUGAGGCUGACAGGUACUCAUAAGUCAUAAAAUCAUUCAUUUGUUACCUAUAAGAAGGGCUGAUCCUGUGACCCUCCUUACACAGAUAAAAACUAGACUGAGGCCUGGGUGAAUUAGAUGAUUGAUCCCAAGUGAUACCCAGAUGCAUUUUCUUAAGGGUGAGCCUAGCAAUGUUAUAAGAUGCUGGCCACCACGAUGGACUGGGAAUUGUGAAUGACUUUAGACACAGGCUUUUUAGAGUCAACUGCUCUACAUGGUCUCCAUGUGAAAAGUGAAGAAUCCACAUUUAGACUGAUUUGGGUUUGAGAUCUCAGAAGCAGAAAAACCUGAAAACAGGCUAUCUAUGGCAACUGAGAGCUACAUGGGUCAACUCAAGUUUCACCAAUCCUGCCCACUGAUAAUAAGUCAAAUUACAACUGACAAUGAGUGAUUCCAAUAUGGGAAGGAGUAUCUCUGUAUUAUUUCACUUAGCUCUCAUACAACCUCAUGAGGUGAUACUACAAAUAUUCCUAUCAUUUUAUGAGGAAACUGGGUCCUAGAGAAGUUAACUUGGCCAGGUCCUAGAAAAGUUAACUUGGCCAAGCCCAUACAACAAAUGUUUGGAACCAGAGUGAUACCACUUUCUCUCAAAGUAUUUGGUGAUUUUCGUUUUUACUUUUGUUAUAAUGAUUUUUAUCAUUUUUAAUUUGCAUAUGGAAAAUUGACCACUUUUUGAUAUGCACUUCUAUGAGUUGUAAGACAUCUACAGGUUUGUAUAACCACCAUAACUAGUAGGAUAAAAGAACAGCUCUACUACCUCAAAUAGUUCCCACAUGCCAUCCCUUUAUAGACAAACUCUCCCUCCACUCCUAACCCCUGGCAACUAUUGAUUCUCCACCUCUUGAGUUGUGCCUUUUCCAGAAUGUCAUAUAGUUGGAAUUAUAAUAUAUGUAACCUUUUCAGUCUUGCUUUCUUUCAUUCAACAGAUUCAUCCAUGUUGUUGUAU